UUAUUGUUUGUCACUAUAGAAUAAAAACUUUUGACAUAAUUACUUUUUCUUUAUAAUGAAGAAAAUUUUAAAAUUGUUAUGCAUAUUAUUCAUGAUAGUAAAUUGAUUUUAGUAAAAUCAAAUAUAAGUAUUAAACCAUAUUAGACGUCAUUUAUCUCUAUAACUUUUUGAUUUCCUCUUUUUUGUUCAUGACAAUUCUGAAUUUGGUUGGUAGCUUUGAUUAUUACAAAAAAAAAGUUAACCGCCACAAGUUUAUUUCAGAACACAUUUCUUUUUUUACAUUUUAAUUUAUAUUCACAACAAUCCGCAAGUACUUUCAUUUAAAAUGGCAGAUAAGGAACUUCAGGAAGAAUUAGAAAUGUUACGAAAGACGCGACGUGAUUUACAAGAAUAUUAUUAUCUUUUAAGGAUAUUAAGAAAUGAUAUAGAAAAAAUGAUAGGCAACUUUUCAUUUACAUCUGAUAUUUGUGAGUCACAAAAAGACACUACAGCUCAAGAUAUUAAGAAAGAUAAAAAAAUUCCUUAAUAGCAUCAUAAAUUGUAUUAAAAGUAUUCAAAUAUGUAUACUUUGUUUCAUAUCAAGAAUUCCAUGCUCAUUUUGGCAAAAUAUUAAAGUACAGAUGUAAAAUGAAAUUUAAAAAUGAUCUCCAAGUGUUAUUCAUAUUAUUUUCAAAGUAUUACUGGAUGUUUUUAUAGAUUUUGCAUGGUUCAAAAUAGUUCAAAAAUACAAUUGAAUAUUAACAAAAGAAAUAUAAAAUCUCAAAGUCAAAAUAGAUCUAAUGAGAAAAUAUAUGGAGAGUGUAAAUUAAAUAAUAUUAAGCAACUCACACGAUCUUAUGAAUAUAAUAUUUUCCAUGAUCGUAUGAUUGAUAUAAAUGUUUGUAUUAUUGGUGGAGGUUUAUCUUCUGUUUAUACAGCAAUUCUUUUAAAACAAUCCCGUCUUAUAAAAGAUAUACAUUUAGUUGAUUUAAGUGGAAAAUUAGCUGGUACUGUCUUGGAUGCAAGCCAUAUUGAUACUUCUAUUUGCAUAAAGUAUUUUACAAAAAGACUGAUCAGAGAAGCCUUAGUAAAAACAAAUAUUGUUGCACUUAUGGAUGAUUCUGAUUUAAAUAUCCUUAAAGAUCCAUAUGUUCAACUUAAUACAUGCUCAAAAUACAUUCAUCAAACAGUAGAGGACAUAAUUACAAUUUCUCCUAUGGCUCUUGUAGCAAUUUUUACAAAACCAGUAACAGCAACAUUAUCAAUGGUAUCAGAGAUUUAUAAACAUGCAGGCAAAUGGGAUCCAAAUAGAUUGGUUGGUUCUGUCUCUACAGAGAUAAUGCGAAUUGAAACAAUAACAGGAAAUAUCUUAGAUUUGAAUCCUGCAUCUAUAUCAAUCCCAAUAGCUGGAGGGGCUGAUCUAAAUACUAUUGUUCCGCUUUUAUCAUGCGCAAAACCUAUCAAUGGAUUUAUAACCGCGCAUUAUAACACAUUGGUAGAAUUAUUUCAAGCGACCGAACGAGAGAAAAUACAUUCUAAUGUCAAAAAGUUUGCCCUCUUGGAUGGAUCCGCUGCAGUAAAAUUAAUUUUAGCUCUUGCUGGUGGCCUUAGUGGUCUUGAUAAUAUCUAUGCAUGUGGUUUUGUACGGUCAAAUGUAAUGCCCUUAUGUCGUUUCUUUACGUCUCAAUUACAAUUUGGAUUAAGAGGAAUUACAGAAAAUUUAGGUCUCCCGAAAGUUUCACCUUUGGAAAUUAAUAUGAUCGAAAAAGCAAUUCCAAUUAUUAAUGAAUACGUCGAAAUGGGAGUAAAAGCUGCUAAUUGUAAAGAAAUAAAAUCAUAAUACAUUAAAUUUAUUAUUUCUACUUA